AUCCCGGUGCGGGGAUCGGGACCCUUUAAGAGGGACCAGCCCUCCGAGGCAUUCGAAAGACACAACACUACGCUUGCAAUUUACCUCAAACCACAUACACACUCCCUCUUUCCUUCACGCACAAUGCUUUCGAACAAGCAAGCAAUAGGCACCCUCUCCUUGGGACAGCACCCCUCCCAUACCCUCGAGCAAAAGAUCCGCGUCGCCUCACACCACGGCUUUAGUGCCAUCGAACUCGUUUAUUCCGACUUGCAGAGAUGUUCAGACCGCCUGGGGAUAUCUAUGCUCGAAGCAGCGGAAAGAACAAAGAAACUGUGUGCUGAUAACAGCGUUGGAAUCCUUUCGUUGGCCCCGUUUGAGAAUUUCGAAGGCACCCGCUCGCCAUUGAAUGAACGGCUGGCCGUCGCUAAACACUGGAUAGACAUUGCACGGAAGCUUAACGCUUCAUACAUGCAAGUCCCGGCCCAGUAUGGCCAGGAUGCUAGCACGGACAAGACCGUUCUAGUCUCUGAACUCCAACAAUUGGCGGAUUUGGCGAGUGCCGAGGAACCGGUUGUCUCGAUCGCAUAUGAGCCGAUGUCUUGGAGUAUAUACUGUUCGACUUGGGAAACAGCGUUGGAUCUUGUGGAGGCUAUUGAUCGCAAGAACUUAGGCCUGUGUCUUGAUACCUUCCAUGAAGCCACUAAGCUUUGGGGCAGUCCCUUUGAAUCAUCGGGGAAGUAUCCAACUGGGGAUCGGGAUUUGAGUGGGUCUCUUCAGCGGUUUCUUACACGAUGCCCGCUGGAGAAGAUCUCUUACGUCCAGUUGUCGGACGGCGAGCUCUUCGAUCCACCAUUCUCAACGACCCAUCCGUGGUAUCUGGAGGGUGAAGCACCGCAGUUCACCUGGUCAAAGCAUGCGAGACCCUUCCCGUUCGAGAUCGAGCUCGGAGGUUACUUACCUGUGUUGGAAAUUGUCAAGGCAUGGGUGGUCGAGAAGGGGUACACUGGUUGGAUAUCCAUGGAAGUGUUUGACCGACGAAUGCGUAGCGAGGAGUUCAAGCCAGAGGAGGCCGGCAGGAGGGCAAGAGAAUCGUGGAGAAAGCUGCAAGAAGGCCUCCGUUCGGGCAGCCCCAAGAUCUAA